CAUUACUUGAGCUAUUUUAAAGAUUUUGGUCGAUCGCGGCCGAAAGCAAGUUGGCACGAGUGUCAAGUUCGAUUUUAUUUAAUCGGAAAAGAUCAGAUUUUUCAGUAAAAUGACUCCUAUGUAAGAUUUACGCCAACUGUUUCGAAGAGUUGAGCUUGGGCCUCUCGUUGCCGUAUUUGAGAUUAAAUUUGGCCGCAGAGUUUUUAUAGCAGCUCGCAGAGCGGUGAGAUGGACAAUAACUUUUAUUUAAAUUUUAGCUGCAUUAAUGAGUCUUGUAAUGACCAAGUUGGCGGCUGGAAUCAGAGUUAACAACAUAUAUAUUUUCAAUUAGAAUUGAGACUGAAUAUACAUUUAGCUAAUCCACAUUCGCUCGUUGUCGCAAACCUAUAUUUGCUAUACUCAAAGCAGAUCCUGAUCUAUUGAAUAUUAUUGGAAUAUUUUUAAAUACAUUGAAGAGAGCAAUUCAUAAAAUGGCUGAAGGAGGAUCUCAACCACCAGUUAUUAAUGUUCAACUCCCAGCUAUCACCGUGCAUUAUCAGGAAGGAAUGAGGUUUGCUGGAGACAAUGUCGGGCAGAAGACGGAUGUCAGGGCCGCAGAAAUCGGUCAGAUUGUCGUCCCAACAGUAGGGAACUCUCAAGCCGAAGCUACUGAGCUGCAACACGAUUCUAUUCCAACAGUUUUUAAAGACUCCGAGGAAGAGAAAGUCAAAAGAUCAAGUUCUGAUAAAGGAUCGAACGAUCAGACACCGACUGGUCCUUCUCCUCGUGACGUCACUGAUAACCCUGGGAGAAGUGACGUCACUGAUAAUCUUGGGAGAAUGAAUCUGACUGAAGGAAUGCAUUUCGUUACAUACGAGAAUAUAGGACGAUUGAUUAACGAUUCCAAGUUCGUGGACGCGCUGAUUACUUUGCAAGAUAUUCCGACUUCUCAAGAACAACAAUUCAUGUUGUCAGAAUGCUACUGUCAACUUGGGAGACCGGAUAAAGCAUUGAGGUGCAUUGAAGCGUUACAAACAAUAAUGACGUCAUCAUCGAGACCGGGUAUCGAUGACGUCAUCAAAUUAGUUGAUAAUUACAUUUCUGAUUCGUCUCAUAUUCGUGCAUUGAUUUUACUUUCUUGUUGUGCUAAGUUGUAUAAGUUCGAUUCGAACCCGAAUAGUUCGGUUGUUGGGAUUAGGGAUUGCUCAUAUAGAUGUCGUAAGCUGAUCGAAAAGAUGGUUGGGAAGGGAGGUGAAAUGAAAGUGAUUGCGAGAGAUGUUGCUUUGAAAAUAAUCACAGAUAUGUUGCGAGAGUUGAGAUCAGUAUCAGGAGCUGAUAUGAAUACGAAGGCUGAUAUGGAGGCGGGAUGAUUGAAGAAUAUUGGCGCUAGUUACUUUGAAGUUGGUAAAUAUCGGGAAACUAUCGGGUUUUAUAAUGAAGGUUUGAAUUUGAUGAAUCAAACGUUUGGUUCGAACGCUGAAAAAUAUAGAGUGUUUGGGGAUCUAUUGAACAACAUUGGUUUAGCGCAUUAUAAACUCGGUGAUUAUUCCAAGGCUGAAUCGUUUUAUUUGCAAUCUCUGGAGGCGUAUAAGAAAGUUGAGGAUUGGCCCAGUGAUAAGGAGAAACAGGAAAGUAUAGAAGCGACAAAGAAAAACUUAAAAACUAUUCGAAACAGAAUGAAAGAGUGAUUUUGUGUUUUGAAUCAACCUUGUAGUUGGGCACGCCAUUACUCUGUUUUAUUCAAUAUUCAGAGGUUCUUCAAUUUAAUGACAAAACAGUUCGA